AUGGUGGGACUAGUUAUUGAACCAUCAAAAUCCAUAAAUGUGGAGGUCGAGAAUCAAGGGAAUGAACCACAUUGGCACCAUCAAAAUGAUUCGGUUUUUUCAAAUUCAAAAGUGACUCCAGCUAACUGUGUGCCAGAUAAUAGCGUGAUUUCCUCUAAUUUGAUUGAGGUGGUAGUCAUGGAUGAGGAUAUUGUUAUCCUCAAUCGUGACUUAAUGGGGAAACAAGGCAGCAAAGACAAUAACCAUAAAAGAGAAGUUGGAGAGAUGGAAGAUGCAAUGAAAUCUUUAGACAACAAAACCCUUGGAUUUGAAAAGAAAAAUGGACAUCAUUACUACAUUGGAUGGGAUGAAAUCUAUGAAGGAGGAGUUCUAAAUUUUGGUGAUGGCAGCGGUGGUGGCCAUGGAAAUGGCGCAGACACUGCAGAUGGCAACGGUGAUGGAGAUGGCGCAGACACUGCAGAUGGCAGCGGUGGUGGAGAUGGCGCAGACACUGCAGGUGGCAUCGGCGGAGGAUGUGGUGGUGGCGGAGGCGGCGGUGGAGGAUGUGGUGGUGGUAGUGGUGGUGGAGGAGGUGUUUAG